AUGCUUUUCACCAAACACUGCAGUUUCUUCCUUCUCGGUCUUGCUUGUGCGCAAGACCUAACCCAGUCCCCUCCCCAGGCCCCCGCUCAUGACAUCUCCUCAUACGCUCGUGACAACGUUGAGAUUUGCAAGUCUCGUCCCUUCGCGCCAACCCAGUUAAACUAUCGCCGCAGCGGUAGCGACACCUGGCUCAGGGAAUACACCCUUGAGAACCGAGGCCGUGAGUACUUCAAGCACCACGGUCUAGCGGCUACGAUCGCCUAUGACUUCCUCGGCGACACAAACUUCAAGUGCGCAAUUGGUGCCCAAAGCUCUUGCACCGUGCAUUGUCUCAAUGUGGUCGGGCACAUUGAAGACCUCGAACUCGCCCGACGAGUGUACUUUAUCCUGGCCUCGACCGGUCAUUUUGUGGUGUCGCUGGAUAUAAUCCACAACGCGAUGCAAGCCGCCCAGAGCAAUGUUGGGCUCAUGGCCGGUCGUAUGUCGUACGUCUUUUUCUGGUUUCAGCACAGCGCCGAUGAACUUCAGCGGAUUGCCGCAUUCAACCAGCUUUCUGAGAUUUCUCUGUGGGCCGCCCAGUCAGCGCUUAAUGCGGUUAUGCCCUUGAUCCCUUGGGGCAGCAUGAAGGAUUGGGUCUUUGCCAAAAUCUCGGAGAAGCAAGGACGCCCCAUCUCGAACGAGCCGGGGCUUGUUGAUAUGUUCCCAGCACCUGCGGAUGAAGAGAUCUCGGAAAUCCAGCUAACGAGAUAUACCGUCAACAACGGAUAUCUCCCCGAUGCUCCGUACACACUUCGUGUACCGCCCCGGUUUGGUGGCUCGCUGUGGUGGAAUCCGGACGGUGUGUCAUUGGCCAAUUGGUGGUACAACAAUGGCAAGUUGGACGGGAGACUCAACAAGCAGGAGUUCUACGGUAAGUGGGAGGGGAAUGCGAUGGCUCGCCAUGACCCUGCAAAGGCAGCAGAGGUCGGUGAUGUGGAAUAUCAGCAUGGCUGGUUUCCUGACUUUCGUGCCCGCUGGAAUGUCCAUGGGUUCACAGAGGCUGCUUCGCAUGCCUGGAGUGACUUCAAAGAUCUCUGUGCUGGCACCGCCUAUGGAUGGAGAAGAUUCGUCCAUGGUAUUUGGCCCUCUGCAGAAGCCCGGAAGAUCCAAGAGGAGGAAUUCGAUGGAUAUGGUCAGGUCGACGGGCACACGGUCACCAGAAAGAUCUGGGCCGAGAACCAGGACGAGAAGCGGGAUUGGAUGGCCCGAGUCGCCGCCGGCGAAAACAUCCCCGAGGACGAGCGCAGGCAACAGCCAGAAGGUAGACUCCAACCAGGUCAGCUCAGCUACAUCACGUAUCUCCGCGCCAAAGACAACCUUAAUCCUCCUACCAAGCUUGGUGAAGGUGAUCGGAUCGCUAGCUGGGGUCCAACAACGGAGCGAGAGGUUUUGGGACGUUUCGAAGGCUGGGAUUCAUAUGAUGAUUACCGUCUUGAACAAAUUGCAAAGACGUGGCCCAUCCCGGACGAGCCUGAGAAGAUCUGGAUAAAAGAAUCUUCAGAUCAAACGAAGAUCCCAAACCGGACCUUGGGAUUCUACCAACUGGCCCAGCGCACUGCCGGUGUUGGCCGCAUCCUGUUUCCGAUGGUCACCCAGGGUUUGGUCAAGACCAUGGUCAACAGUUUCUUCUCCACGUGGAAAGCGGAUGAUAAGCCGAGAGAGAUCAACGAGAUGGGAAUGCAAUGGUGGAUCCAAGAGUCUGGUCGCAUCUCCCGGAUGGCACUCAAGGAAACCGUCAAUCGGGUCAUCAGGUCCGAGAGUAUCAAAGAUGAUGGUUCCUCUGAGUUGGCCGAUCUCCUCGCGCUGGGCACAUAUCUUCCAGCAACUGACGGCGUUCUCGGUGCUUGGACUGCUUCCGAUGUUGAGACGUGGGUUUUCCGAUUUCCCUGUCUUUCGAUCAUUGACCUUACUAACCGCCUUUACAGAACCUUGACGAAGAACAUCUUCUACAAGACUCUCAACAUGGCCAUAACCACCCAGAAGAUGUUCAUCUCCUGCACGAGUGAGUUUCGCAGGCCCAAGGGCAGGAGCUCGAUUCCUUUCACGUCUCCCAACCCCGUCAAGGAUUUCGAGGUCGUUAAGACCUGCGCCGAAGAUACUACUGGACCGCAGCACAGUAAGGCAUGCAUCGACAAUGUUGCAGUCUGCUACCUGUACCGCUGGAACGACCGUGGUAUCAUCAUGACACACACCGUAGAAGAUCCUUUCGGUUUCAAUGGUCUCGCUGCAGACCCAUGGAACCUAAAAACGGCCGAUAUCAUUACGAGCUCAUUCUGGUCGCAUGUCAUGGGCCUUAAGGAUGUCCAGUUGGCGUCAAACUUGAGCAUUCUGAAUGACGGGCCCACGGUUCAGCAGGCUGCAGACCCACAAACCCCCGGCUUGUUCACUGUUCCCAUUUGUCUGAGUUCUUACAACUGGAACUCCCCAACCACUAAAGACGGCCUCCUCGAUGACCUCAAUGUCAAUGGCCCCCGGAAAGCGAUUCCUUGCUAUUGCGGUAAUCUUGGGAAGGACACCAGUUCCGUAUGGCAGGCUAUGGGAAUCACUGGGACUGUGGCGACUAAGGAGUACGCGAAGACGGUGUGUCCAGCCCAGAUUGGGGUCAAGAUGCGUGAUUGGCUCGAACGUUAUGUGGCUUAUUGUCGUCUUGGGAUUCGGAAGGGUGCGUUGGGGAUCGUGAAGACGGGCAAGGAUGGUAUGUGCGACCUUGUAAUCCAUGAGCUUGAGAGGAAACGGAUUAUCUCGACCACAGAUCUGGAGCCAGAGCAGAGCAUUGCGUUCAAGUGCAAGAUAAAGGGAAGCAAGAAGAAAAAAUGCAAACCUUACGUAAAGACUCCAAUUUCCAGCGUGUGGGACGAUACGAUGGAAGCAGUGAGGGAGAGGAAGGAAAAGGAGCGGUCAAGUGUCUCCUAA